AUGAUUACUAAGGAAGCAAAGUUCCAAGGAAAGGCGUUGUCCCUUUCCCAUACAAAGACUGCAAUCAGUACCAUAAAGGAGAAAUUCAGUUUGCAACAGCUACGAAGGUUUGAAGAGAGUUGUUUUGGUCAUCUCUUACUGAUUGAGGACCUUAAGUGGACUUCGCCAAUUGUCCACGGCUUGUUGCUGAGGAAGGCUGAUCUGAAGACAGUUUCCCAAGUGAACGAGAUAAAAUUCAUCGUUGGCAAUAAGGUGAUCCAAUUCACAGUGCAGCAAUUUUGCGUCGUCACAGGGCUAAGGUUUGGAAACCUUCCUUUCAUUCCGAUUGCAACUAAUGAGAACUGCUCAUUGAAAAGGAAGUACUUUUACAAUGAUAAAACUGUUAGCCUUUUGGAACUAGAAAAAGCCUUCCUCGACUGUGCUGAUGAGGACGAUGCAUUCAAGCUUGGAUUUGUAUACUUUGUUGUUUUUGUGUUGUUGAGUAGUGAAAAACAUGUCCACAUUGACAUGCAGUAUUUGAAAAUGGUGGAAGACCUUGAAGAGUUUGUGAAGUACCCAUGGGGUGCUGUGUAUUAUGCCAAGACAAAUGCCUCACUUUUGAGGGCACUUUGUGCAGAUUACCAGGGAGUAAAAGUGCCCAAAAAAGCUACAAAAACAAAAAAAUAUGAAAUGAAAGCAAAGACAACGGCAACUGGUAGACCAAGAGAGUACCACAUCAAAGGUUUUGUCUUUGCACUUCAGGUCUUUUCAGCGUUGGCUGCACUGCAUUUUGUCGUGCACGAAGAGAAUGCCUACAUCCCUCGUAUACUAAAUUGGAAAAGCAAUACUUCGGCUCAUUUUCAUGAGCUAAUGAGCCAAGUAUUCGAGAACUGUGAGGUUGAUGUGCAACUUCUCUGCCCAACUGUAAUUGACAAGCAGCAACCCUAUUGGACUUGGGGUGACAAUGUUGACGACACUGAAGAAAUUGUUGAGUUGUUUGGCGAUGACGCUGAAGAAAAAACCAGCACUUUUGCUUCUGUAGAAGAAAAAGAUGAUGACAUUGACGAAACUGCUACCCUUCUGUCGUCUUCUAAGGGUAAAGUCCAGUCCACUGAGUUGCGCACUUUGAAGCGUGACUUUCAAAGGACAAAGGAUGAAUUGGCCAAGGUAGCCAGAUCAAAUCAAGCGCUUCAAAAUAGAGUGCAUGACUUGGAAGAAAUGGUACGGAAGGAGUCGUUGAAACUUGAAAAGGAGUGUGCAAAAAAUAAAAAGUGUGGAGGAUUUCGGCAAGACCCUCGCUUCAAUCGAACACUAUUUUAA